CUUCGGGGCGGGCGCUCCGAGGCUAGGGAGAAGGAGAAGGGAUCUGGAGCGGGAGCUGAGGGGAGGGAGAGGCCGGUCCGGGUCUGGCCGCUGCCGCUGCUCUCCCGAGGUCUUCAGGCCGGGCUACGGCUCAGUCCUCGGCUCCGGGGCACCGUCUGCGAGGCUCCGCCGGGCCAGCGUGGGAGAGCCGCGGGCGGCGGCCGCCGCAUCAUGUCAGCCAAGGACGAGCGUGCCAGGGAGAUCCUGAGGGGCUUCAAACUAAAUUGGAUGAACCUUCGGGAUGCUGAGACAGGGAAGAUACUCUGGCAAGGAACAGAAGAUCUGUCAGUCCCUGGCGUGGAGCAUGAAGCCCGUGUUCCCAAGAAAAUUCUCAAAUGCAAGGCAGUGUCUCGAGAAUUGAACUUCUCUUCAGCAGAGCAAAUGGAAAAAUUCCGCCUGGAACAAAAAGUUUACUUCAAAGGGCAAUGCCUAGAAGAAUGGUUCUUCGAGUUUGGCUUUGUGAUCCCUAACUCCACAAACACCUGGCAGUCCCUGAUAGAGGCAGCGCCCGAGUCCCAGAUGAUGCCAGCCAGCGUGCUAACUGGGAAUGUUAUCAUAGAGACAAAGUUUUUUGACGACGAUCUUCUUGUAAGCACAUCCAGAGUGAGACUUUUCUACGUUUGAGAAGAAUGUAUGUGCAUUUCAAGAAUUUGGGGGUUUUUUUUGGGGGGGCGGAGGAGAAAACUGUUUACUUAUUUCCUCCACACAUUUGAUUUUUGACACUUCCACCCCUAAUUCCCUCUAUGACAAAACCCACCUGAGGCCACCAGGGGACCAGCUCUCUGUGUAGGUAACCAGAUGGCUUUUUUCCCUCAAGCUGCCAUCUUCCACUGACCAGACUUAACUCCCCACCUCAGACCAGGGCAGAGGGCGUGCCUCGACUCCUUCCCAGGGUAAACACAGGGACAAACACAUACCACGGGCUGAUGCUGUUCCUGUCACCCUCCCUGCCUCUUCCUGCAGGGGACACAUCUUCCUUUGGCCCCUGGUUUUGGAAAAAUUCAUGUUCUUGACCCAUGUUUAGUCUUUUCCUACUGUUUCUAUUUCAUACAUUCUCACACGUUUAACUUGUAAAAUAGACUGUGAUAUUAUUAUUACGUAAUGAAUUGAAACAUAUGAAUUAAAAUAUUCCUACAGUCUUUAGCAUGGCA